AUAGACGUCAUCCAGCUGGAGGCGCUGGGUUCGCACCACCUUGUGCUGCUGAGCUCCGGCGCGACAUCUUUGAGUGACCAGGAGGUUAUCGAACGAAUCCGUGGUUUCUCAGGGCAACCCAAGGCCGGGUCACUCUUGGUCGCAGCUGAUGCCGCAGCCAAAAAUGCGGCGCAGAGCAUCACUGGGCCACAGCGAUUUGGCUGCUGCAUCGUGGGUGUGUUCGAGGUCGGGUCAGGCUAUGUUGAGCCAGCUGCGAAGAAGGCCAAGAAAGAUGGCGGUGACAAGGUCAGAUGCAGACACAUUCUUCUUAAACACAAGGACCUGAAGCAAAAGAUGGAUCCGCAGGCGCAUCUGCGGUCCAAGGGUCAGCGGCUUAGUGACUUAAUCAGAAGCAGAGGUGGUACGUGUGUCUGCUGA